AUUCUUGAGACGACAUCUGUACAAGACACACCUGCAGACACCAUGGCUGACGUCUUGACACAGGAACAAAUUGCAGAAAUGCAAGAGGCAUUUGGCCUUUUCGACAAGGACGGGGAUGGAAUGAUUACAACGAAGGAAUUAGGAUGCGUCGUUAGAUCUUUAGGACAGAAUCCAACCGAAGCGGAAUUGCAAGAAAUGAUCACUGAACUUGACGAAAACGAGAAUGGAACACUCGAGUUUCCUGAAUUUCUAAACAUGAUGUCAAAGAGGAUGAAAGAGGAGAACCCAAAAGAAGAACUCUAUGAAGCUUUCCGAGUGUUCGACAAAGACGGUAAUGGCUUCAUCAGUACAGCUGAAUUGAGGCAUGUCAUGACAAACCUGGGCGAGACGUUGUCAGAGGAGGAGGCUGAGGAGAUGAUAAAGACAGCAGAUCAAAGCGGGGAUGGGAAAAUAAACUAUGAAGAAUUCGUGAAGAUGAUGAUGGCAAAUCUUUUCGACAAGGAUGGGGAUGGGAGUAUCACAACGACCGAGCUUGGUACGGUCAUGAGGUCUCUGGGCCAGAACCCGACUGAAGCAGAGUUACAAGACAUGAUCGGCGAGGUGGAUGCGGACUGUAAUGGAACAAUUGACUUCCCCGAAUUCCUUGCCAUGAUGUCAAAGAAGAUGAAGGAAAGUGAUGGUGACGAGGAAAUACGAGAAGCAUUCCGAGUGUUCGACAAGGACGGCAACGGUUUCAUCAGUGCAGCUGAGUUGAGGCAUGUCAUGACAAACUUGGGCGAGAAGUUGACAGAUGAGGAAGUAGAUGAAAUGAUCAGGGAAGCUGAUCGUGACGGUGAUGGACAAGUAAAUUAUGAAGAAUUCGUCAAGAUGAUGAUAAUAAACCCUUCGAAUUUGUCGGUGUAUUCUAACAUAAUCGGUCGGGUCAGUCCGAGGGGAAGGUAUAGCGUCGGGGAGCUCGAGGUUUCUUCAUAUAAAAUGGCUGAUCAACAAACCCAGUUAACAGAAGAACAGAUAGCUGAGUUCAAAGAGGCAUUCAGCCUUUUCGACAAAGACGGCGAUGGCACCAUCACAACCAAAGAGUUGGGAACCGUCAUGAGGUCACUAGGUCAGAACCCAACAGAGGCAGAGUUGCAAGACAUGAUCAACGAAGUAGAUGCUGAUGGCAACGGUACCAUAGAUUUCCCCGAAUUCCUUACCAUGAUGUCCAAGAAGAUGGGCAACAACGAUUCAGAUGAGGAACUUAGGGAAGCUUUCCGGGUCUUCGACAAAGACGGCAACGGUUUCAUCAGUGCAGCCGAGUUGAGGCAUGUCAUGACAAACUUGGGCGAGAAGUUGACGGAUGAGGAAGUAGAUGAAAUGAUCAAGGAGGCAGAUAUUGAUGGUGACGGACAAGUAAAUUAUGAAGAAUUCGUUAAGAUGAUGUGCAAUAAGUGAUGAAGCGGUUGUACAGGGAUGGAUUCGUGGUGUACAUUCUAUUAACCGAAGAAGGCAGCAGUGUCAUCGUGGCCCUAGGCAGAUUCACAUAGAUCAUGAACACUGUGACCCAGUGUCUUGUGUGAAGACCUCGGGCCUACACCAGCAGACUGUUCUGAUUAGUACAUAUGCAUAACCAGUAUUACCUACUGUAAUUAUGAUGGAAUAAAGGUUUUUAUCAAAAUG